AUGGCUACUCCUCGUGGUGCGAAAAGACGUCGCUCGGCGUCCCCGCUUCCAGGGUCGUCCCCUCCAGGACCUUCACGUGUUACGGCCGACGAAGAGUCUUCCCUUCCUCCCUCUUCCCCACCUGCUCCUUUCUCGGACACCGACGAUAGUGUGGAUGAACGGGACGCUGUGCCAGACGCUGAUGCUGAAGCAGGCGAAGAGGAUGGCGAUGAUCUAUUCGCAGAUGACUUCCAGGAUGAUUAUGCCACCAACGAGCUGCUAGACAGAUACUCGGACCGCGAUAUUGACGAUGAAGGCGAGUUCGAAAAUAUGACUGCUCAACAACGGCGUGCCGCCGAGGCCUCUAUGGCUCGUCGCGACCGUAUGGAGCGUGGUGGAAGGCGCGGUGCUCGUGCCGCUGCGAGGUCCCGCAUGCCGAACUUCCUACAAUCCGAUGAUAUGGAAGACGAGGAUGUUGGCGGUGGUCUUUUGGAUGGAAUGAAGAGACGUACCCGUCGCCAAUACGACGAGCGAAGGGAUUUCGAUGAUUUGGACAAUGUUGAAGACGAGCUUCCACUGGAGCAACUCAGCGACAUCAAGGCCAAAUCCAUUGCAGAAUGGAUCGCCAGCGAGCGCGUUCGCCGAUCUAUUAUCCGGCACUUCAGACAAUUCCUGAUGACAUACGUCGACGAACAUGGUGCAUCUGUGUAUGGUCAGCGCAUUCGCAAUCUUGGAGAAAACAACUUGGAAUCUCUUGAGGUUUCCUACCUCCACCUCGCGUUGUCAAAGCCGAUCCUCGCAUACUUUUUGACCAACUGUCCUUCUGCGAUGCUGGAAAUUUUCGACGAGGUGGCCCUCAGUGCUAUCCUAGUCUACUACACGGCAUACGAGCGGAUCCAUUCGGAAGUUCACGUCCGGAUCACCGACCUUCCCCUCGGCUCUUCGCUUCGCGACCUGCGCAGGUCUCACCUUAACACGCUCGUCCGUGUUUCCGGUGUCGUCACUCGUCGGACGGGCGUGUUUCCCCAACUCAAGUAUGUGAAGUUUGAUUGCCGUAAAUGCAAUGCGACACUCGGCCCCUUCUAUCAAGAUUCCACAAGGGAAGUCAGGAUCAGUUUCUGCCCCAACUGCGAGAGCAAGGGUCCUUUUUCUAUCAACUCUGAACAGACAAUCUACCGUAACUAUCAGAAGAUGACGCUUCAGGAAUCCCCGGGCUCGGUACCUCCUGGACGUCUUCCUCGCCACCGCGAGGUAAUCCUCCUCUGGGACCUCAUCGACAAGGCAAAACCUGGUGAAGAAGUUGAAAUCACUGCUAUUUAUCGCAACAACUUUGACGCUUCUUUGAAUGCGAAGAACGGAUUUCCGGUUUUCUCGACCGUCCUUGAGGCCAACCAUAUCAACAAGAAAGAGGAUCAAUUUGCAGCGUUUCGGCUUACCGAAGAGGAUGAAAAGGAAAUCCGUGCUCUCGCGCGAGAUGAACGUAUCCGGAAGCGCAUAAUCAAAUCCAUCGCUCCCUCCAUCUACGGACACGAAGACAUUAAGACGGCACUCGCGCUCUCGCUUUUCGGAGGUGUGUCCAAAGACAUCAACCGGAAGCUUCGCAUCCGCGGAGAUAUCAAUGUGCUUCUCCUCGGCGAUCCUGGAACGGCCAAGUCCCAAUUCCUCAAGUACGUGGAGAAGACUGCUCACCGCUCUGUUUUCGCCACGGGCCAGGGUGCCUCCGCUGUCGGUCUCACCGCAAGCGUUCGCAAGGAUCCUAUCACGCGUGAGUGGACACUGGAAGGAGGCGCUCUGGUACUUGCCGACAAGGGGACCUGCCUCAUUGACGAGUUCGACAAGAUGAAUGACGCCGACCGGACUUCCAUUCACGAAGCCAUGGAGCAGCAGUCAAUCUCCAUUGCGAAGGCGGGAAUCAUCACUACGCUGCAGGCUCGCUGUGCGAUUAUCGCCGCCGCCAACCCCAUCCGAGGCCGUUACAACCCAGCGAUCCCUUUCGUGCAAAACGUCGAACUGACAGAACCCAUUCUGUCGCGUUUCGACGUUCUCUGUGUCGUAAAGGAUACAGUCGACCCUACCCAGGACGAGUUACUGGCAAAAUUCGUAGUGGGAAGUCAUUUGCGCAGCCAUCCCAAGUUUGACCCCGCGAAGGACGAAAUGGAGGUCAGGACGACUCUCGAUGCCGACAUCAUCCCACAAGAUCUUUUGCGGAAGUAUAUCAUGUACGCCAAAGAGAAGGUUCGCCCUAAGCUGUACGACCUUGACCAGGAGAAGGUUUCCCGCCUGUUUGUGGACCUGCGUCGGGAGUCGAUCGCGACUGGCACGCACUCGAUCACAGUGCGCCAUCUGGAGAGUAUGAUCCGGAUGGCGGAGGCGAGUGCCAAGAUGGCGUUGCGCGAAUUCGUCCGCGCGGAUGAUAUCGACCUCGCGAUAUCGGUGGCUGUGGGCAGCUUUGUGAGCACCCAGAAGACGUCGAUUAAGAAGACGCUGGAACGUGGUUUCCGCAAAUACCUUACCCAGGCACGCGACCACGAAGAGCUGCUUGCUUUUGUGCUCGGGCAGAUUGUGAAGGAGAAGGCACGCUUUUACCAGCUCCAACGACAUUCCCAGCCAGAGUCGAUCACUGUGCCAGUUGCCGAGUUGGACGAGCGGGCGAAGGAGCACGAGAUCUACGACACGACCCCGUUCCUUCACUCCACGCUGUUCAAGGCGAACGGGUACAGAUUGCAGGACGGGACGAUAGAGAAGUCGUUCAGGCGCGAGUAG